AUGGGCAUGUUUCAGAAGAAGGUGCCGAAUGGAGGCAACGUUCCGGGGGUGGAAGCUAUUGGACACGAACGGGCAGGUGGCGGGCCGAACAAUGACUUCGGUUUGGACUUUAUUGAGGCAAUGUUCAAGUGGAACAAGAAAUUUUGCGAGAAGGACUCGGACGGUGACGGACAAACUAACGGCCAGGAGCUAGGUGAUCCGUGCUGCGAGUUCGAAUUCCGCGCGAACGAGAAAGUGCGAUGGACUGAGGGAGUCUCGCAUCCUGGAGAUCCCGAGCUCAAGUCGGACCCGAAGCUUUGGGAGGGUAUCGUGUGCGGGGCUGACGCAGUAGAACCUGUGGUUACAGAGGAACUGGAACCCGAAGCAACGGAGGCUGAAGCUGCGGAGCCGGAGCUGGCAGCCGGUGCGCCGGCAUUGCAUGCGUCUGUGAUGAUGUCGGCUAUAGCGCUGACGGUUAUGGCCAUCUACGUCGUGGUCAUGCGGUCGGGACGUCGCUCGCGCAGUCUGCCGAUCUUCCGUCAGAAGCGGAGAGGCCCCGUUUAG